AUGGGAAACGUGAACGUUUCAUCACUCCAAUCCUACUCACAAAAUGUUGGACAUGCUUUAUUGGAUGUCAACAAUUACACACCAUGGCUCUGGAUUGCAAAUUGUGGGUUCAUGGCAUUGGCAACCAUCGCACCUCGUACACUAACCAAAUGGCAAAGUGAUGCCUACACUUCACAACCCUUGAGAAACUAUGGACCACAAAACUUUUUAAUGCAAUCUGUAACUGGAUACAUUUAUCAUCAAGUACCUUACAAUAUUUGGACUCACAUCUUAACCUUCCCAUUUGAUUUAACUUGGUGGGGUUAUUACUUUGCAUACUUUGGAAACUUAUGGACAGGACAUCCAGGUUAUUUCUAUUGGGCUCACUAUGCUCUCAGUAUUGCUCAAUUAAUCACUUAUUGUGUAGGUCCUGCCACUGCUCAAGGUGAGAAGUGUGUUGUGAAAAAGUUCGAUCCUGCUGCUCAGAUCGAUUUGGCAGAUAAGAAAAAUUGGCCUCUUGUCGAAGUUGAAGUUUGUAAAAAGAAGCAUCCAAAGAGACACUUUUAUUGGCUUCAAUUUAUUAUCACUAGUGCAUUCUUCACUUUCUGGUAUUCAUUAGUACCUUAUUUAUUGCCAGGUCCAAAAGAAAUUUCAAAAAUGUUGACCCCAGCAUUUAUUUGGAAUCGUAUUCCAGAAGUGUUGAAAGAUUCAGACAUGUUCUGGAUUAAUGCCUUCUUAUUGCACAACUCGAUUAUUCGUGUGACUGGACACAUGGCUGAUUACUUACCUCCAAUCAUGUUCGACCCAGAACAUCAUGAUGCUGGUUUCACAGACUUGGGUAAAGGAUUCAUUGCUUACUUCAAAUACUUUUCUUGGAAAUGGAUGGUUCAAACUCCAUUAGGAAUUCUUUCAGAGUUGUGUGCUGGUUAUCCAGGAAGACUUUACGUUUGGAGACUUGUGGCCAAUUUGAGACGUGUUUUGAAUUUUGUUGGUGUUCCAGAUAACAAACAAACAUUCUUCACAAUGAAUUGGAGUGAAGUUGAACAGGCUAAGAAGACCAUCAAUCAAUCAGGUUGGAACGCAUGGCCAUUGACAGCUAAAUUGUUUGAAUGGGCUAAGGUUGAAGAUGUCGAUGAUGACCAAGACGAUGACAACAACAAGGAAAAAGAAGAAUAA